AUGGAUCCCUUCACAUACACACUAACCCGGGAGCCCGCGGCAGCCAAGAUGACCUUCCAAAAAGCACCAACCCUCGAGAACGCCCAUCCCCACACAGAUCGUGUGGCGGCUUUAACGCGCGGUCUUCGGCAAGGCCGCGUAGACCAUAAGCCUUACCCGAGGCUAGAGCACGAGAGCGCCUACAAAGCCCCGGUUAUGAGCGAGGCUGGUGAUGUAUGCUCCAUGGCGUCAAUCACCAAUGCCUACGCAAGGGGUGACGCAAAACAUGUUACCUCAUGCAUGUCAAUACCUGCUGCCUGCGCAGACUCCACGGAGGACGUCAGUUUCUUUGUGUUUACAGAUGAAGAGGGGCAGCUGGCUCCCAAUAUCGUUUAA